AUGAUCAAUACCAACGAAACAGAAAAAUCCAAAACCCAUGAGCAGGUCGCCGAAUUGAACUUUAUGAUAAAUGACAUCAAGGCUGAAAUAAACUCCAUUGAAGAGUCCGUUAAAGGUUUAACGAGUGAGCGCAAGAAUCUUUCCACAUUAGUGCAAAGUUUACAACCUCUCGUUAAUCAGUUUGUAUCCCCGCCAAACUUGGCUAACACGGAGACACCGUCUGCUUCCCAAUCCUCGGCGGAAAUUUUCACUCGUGAUGGCUUAUUGACGAAGUUGGGUUUGGGUGUGCUUCAAAAAAUUUACGAACUAAGACCUGACUGGGAACCGGAGAUCAACAAGGAACUAGAGCAUAUGAUCACGUUGGAGAAUUCGUGGAAAGCAGAAUUCAGAGCUACUAUACAACGUUUUGUCACUAUCCACAACAGUAUCGAGAUUGCUCGAAGCAAUAAGGAUCCCGGUUACGAACCUAAUUGUCUCACGGAGUAUACUGCAAGCGUCGAAUUUGGCGGUUUCAGCAAUGCUCUUUCGAAGUUCAAGAAGAAGUCUUACCUUACCGGAGACGGAUCGGGACCUAGUUCGCCUUCACCAGACGGAAGCUUCGAUAAUUGGUACGGUCAUUUUGGCCAUGUGUACGAGGACCAGAGCGCAAAUGCUACAACCAACAGUUUGAACAAUGUGGGGGUAUCAGCCAGUAUUAAUGCUGCCGGAAUCCCAUCACAAACCCAAUCAGUUUCGCUGUUGGUGGCGUCUGGUAAUGGUCAACUGGAUCAGUAUGCUCCACUGUACCUUGGAAAUCAGAUGGAUCAGGCACAGCCUACAAAUGAUUACAUGGGAGACGUAUCCUUUGGCGCACCCCAAGUUUAUGCCGGCUCCAAUUAUGAGAAUAACAACUUCGCGGAAUCAACACCGUUCAUUGAUCAGAGAAUGUACAAUGACAAUGGGUUGUAUGCCGAGAACAGAAGUUACGGCGACAGCACGGCCAACCUAGCAACUCCGCAACAGAUGCAAUACCUCCAGUCUGAUUAUGACCCUCAGAUCCCACUUCCGGAGCUUGGACUGUCGAUUCCCCACACAUCCAUGCAACAGUAUGCGCAGAACAUCCGUCAGAGCUUUCCUUGUGAGGACCCAGUCUACAGCGUGCGGUCUCCUACACCAGAAAACGGGUUUUUGCAGCCGUCUAUGAACACGCUUUGGCAGAACUCAAGCCAAGCCAGUUUCCGCGACCAGAUGCGCCCAUUUCUGGGUCUUCCGCUCCUGCCUGCGUCUGCCCAUAUGGAUCUAGCCAUGCCCCAGCUGCAACUGACGACAUUACCUAAUGAUAAUCAUUUGUUCAACAGCCUUUUGCUCUCGUCCAGCACAUCCCAAUUGUCGAACAAUAUCUGGCUGGACCGGCCCAUGACCACUUCGUAUAGUCACAAUCGCAACAUCUCAGGCGGUAGUCUGUUGUGGCGGAAUGACUUGGCGCGGCCAGAGGCACCAUCGUUGGGGUUGAUGUCCGAGUUUCUUCCAUUUGCGUCUGUGCCGGGCAGAGAAGAGGUUGGCGAUGAAGAAAAGGUGCCCAUGUGA